AAUAUGAUAAAAGAGAUGAUUUGAUAUUCUACUGGUUAGUAUUCGGGAAAACAUUACGUGAAAAAUCUUUAUUGAAAAUUCUAUGAAAAAUUACUUUUAUCUGAUUAUUUUAAAAGUUUUUCAAUAUUUUAAACGAUGGAAAUUUUAAUAACAGAUAUUGAUGUAAAAGAUAUAAGAUUUCCAACAUCAUUAUUAGCAGACGGAAGUGAUGCUAUGCACACCGAUCCUGAUUAUUCUUGUGCAUAUGUUACUAUUAAAACGAACAAAGGAAUUGAAGGAUAUGGAUUAACAUUUACCUUAGGCAGAGGUACAGAAAUUGUCGUACAAGCGUGUAAAUCAUUGUCUUAUUUGGUAAAAGGAGAGAAUGCCAAUAAUAUUUUUACACACUUUGGAAUUUUCUGGAGAAAAUUGGCUAGUGAAUCGCAAUUAAGAUGGAUUGGUCCAGAAAAGGGUGUUAUUCAUCUCGCAACAGCUGCUAUAAUAAAUGCAUUGUGGGAUUUAUGGGCUCGAAUAGAAAAAAAACCAGUCUGGAAGCUGCUUACAGAUUUGACUCCCGAACAAUUAAUUUCUACGAUUGAUUUCAGAUAUAUUACUGAUGUUAUUACAAAAGAAGAAGCAAUAAAAUUAUUGAAAGAUAAUCAAAAAGGUAAAGAAGAACGCGAAAUAAUAUUACGAAAAAAUGGAUAUCCGGCUUAUACAACACAAGUGGGCUGGCUUGGAUAUAGUGAUAGUAAAGUUAAGGAACUUUGUGCUAAAUAUUUAGCUCUUGGUUUCACAUCUUUCAAAGCAAAAGUUGGCCAGAAUUUAACAGACGACAUAAGAAGAUGUCAACUUAUUCGCGACGCGAUAGGGUAUGAAAAUAAAUUAAUGGUAGAUGCUAAUCAAAUAUGGGAUAUAAAUGAAGCAAUUGAAUGGAUGAAACAAUUGAUCAAAUAACCAACUUGGAUCGAAGAGCCAACGUCUCCGGAUGACGUAUUAGGACAUGCAAAGAUCGCGAACGAAUUAAGACCACAUGGUAUUGGUGUUGCAACAGGUGAAAUGUGCGCAAAUCGCGUAAUGUUUAAGCAACUGUUACAGGCAAGGGCAAUUGAUUAUUGUCAAAUCGAUUCGGCUAGAAUAGGAGGAAUCAAUGAAAUAUUAUCUGUUUAUUUGAUGGCAAAAAAACUGAAUGUUCCAGUAUGUCCACAUGCUGGUGGAGUAGGUUUAUGUGAAAUGGUGCAACAUCUUCAAAUGUGGGAUUUUAUUUGUUUGAGUGCAUCCACUGAAAAUCGUGUGAUAGAAUAUGUCGAUCAACAACACGAGCAUUUUGAACAUCCUAUACAUAUUCAAAAUGCUUGUUACAUGCCACCUACAAGUCCGGGAUAUUCCACCAAAUUUAACGAGGAUAGUAUUAAAAAUUAUUCAUAUCCAAAUGGAGAAAAAUGGAAAAAUAUGUAUAAAAAAGAUUCAUCAAAUCUUGUACAAAUCAUAUGAUUAAAAAACAUAUAAAAUCGAAAUAUAUAUAUUUAUAUAUAUUAAUUAAAAUGUAUAUGAUAAUUUAUGUUUUAAUA